AGCGGCGAGAACUACACGUCUUGCGCAUCAAAAUCAGUUAUACAAUGUUCAUAGAUUAAAUUUAAAAUGAAAUUAAUCGUAUUUUUCGUGUUUGUUAUUUCAAAUAUAAGUAAUGAUGGAAAAGCUUCGCUGGAGAGUUUCGCGCCAUCGAAUGAUGCGAAUUUUUUGACGGAUACAACUAAAAGUUCAGACAAAUCGUGCCAUCGACCUUGCAAGUUCAACGUGAAACCGCGAAGAUGUUAUUACAAGUUUGAUAUCGAGCCUACCUUGGAUAAAAUACCUCUCUCUAUCAACGGACAGAGCCCAGGUCCACCCAUACAUGUCUGUAUGCACGAUAUAAUCGUCGUGGAGGUCAGGAAUAAGAUACCAGACCAAGAUCUGGCGAUGCACUGGCAUGGAUUGGAGCAACGUGGGACGCCGUAUAUGGAUGGUGUUCCUAUGAUCACCCAGUGUCCUAUCAGCUAUGGCUCCACCUUCAAAUAUGCUUUCAAGGCGUCUUCACCUGGGACAUUUUUUUACCACGCUGAUUCAGUAACUCACCAAAGCGAUGGCGUCUACGGCUCACUGAUAGUAGACCAACCACAGCCAUUAGAGCCCCAUUCCUCCCUGUACGACUUCAAUAGGAGGGAAGAACAUACACUCGUCAUCGGUGCUAGGUUCCCUCAACUACUUUCGGGGACUUUGGAAGACCUAACCAAGGUUUUACCUGAUGGAUUGGUGAUUAAUGGACAAGAUUAUACGAAGAUAUUUGUAAUGCAGUCAUAUGCAUACCGAUUGCGUUUAAUAAACGCAAUAGCCCUCGAAUGUCCUGUACUCAUCAGCAUAGACGAUCACAUGGUGACUGUUGUCGCAAGUGACGGGAAACCAGUCCAACCUGUUACCACUAGCACUGUGAGGUUAUAUCCAGGUGAACGAAUGGAUAUUGUGGUUCGAGCUGAUCAAGCGAGUGGUGGAUACUGGCUUCAGGUCAAGGGCGAAAACCAAUGUGAUGGAUUGAAGACUCACUCUAUGUUUUUAUAUCAGGGAUUUAAUUAUACUUCCAUGAUAGAACAGACGCCGAACACCGAAGUCGUAGAGGACAAUAUUGUCUGCGGACAGAAGCUUCUGUCUUACAAAGAUGUGACACUCCUGCCACCCGUGAAAUCAGUUUAUCUUGGUAUUGACAAACACAACGUAGAAGUAAAAGAUACCGAUCUCGAUUUUCGAUAUCUAAGCGAUGUUGUGCCAAAGAAGCCAUUCUUUCCUACAGCCUUAUCUAUUAAAGAAGGUGUUGUCCAGAUUAAUGGUAGGAAUUUCCUUUAUCCAAACGCGCCAUUGCUGUUGAAGCCCAGAGAAGUAUUCAAGGAUAUUACCUGCAGCGUCGAAGUACAUAAACAUAAAGAUGUACAAUGUAUGCAAAUUCUAAGAGCUAAUCAGAAUGAACCACUGGAACUGAUAUUAGUAAAUGAUGGUGUCCAUAGCAACGACUCGUAUACAUUCCACAUGCAUGGACUACCUAUGUACGUGGUCGCCACAUGGCAGAGUCCGGCAGGGCUGCCUUUAUCAAAAGAGGAGUUUGAGAAACUAGACAAGGGUGGUCUAAUUGAAAGAAAUUUACAAAAUCCUCCAAUGAAAGACACAGUUACAGUCCCCAACAAAGGUUUUACGAUAGUCAGAAUAAAUCCAGAUCAUGGUGGCCACUGGCUACUGGAAUGCAGGUCUUGUAGCCUCACGCUGCCUGCUGCAAUUCUUAUCAGUGUUCCCAUAUCAAUACCUAAGACGGUUGUGGAUUCUUUACCCAGCUGUGGAAGCUAUAAACCCCCGGAUGUGUUGCUUAACUAAGACUGAUCUCAUUAUAACGCUGGAAGUUUAGCCAGGUGCCUCACGUCGUCCGAAGUAUUAAUGUAACGAACACAACUUCUUUUCCCCUACAUCAUCAGAUAAUUUGUUUGUUGGCCAAUCGUUAAAAUGCUAUUCCUCAAAAGCUGUUUUUACAGCUGCAGCAACAGAGCUGUUCGUAUUGUAAUUGUACCAAAGGUACUAACAGAGUUGUAGGCAAUUCUGAUACCUAAAAUCAUAAUCUCGUCUUGAUAAUUGUCAAAAAUCUCGGGGACCUGUGUGGGAACUGGGUCCACACUGCUAAUACAUAUACACCAUAAUGAAAAGUAGACAUAAGUUCGGUUAUUAUUCUAGACGGAUCUAGGUCUACUAAUAAUGCACUACUUUAUUUGCCUGUUUGAAAGUUGAUUUAAUUUCCUGAGAUUUUUAAUGUGAACAAUGGUGGUGUAUAGUAAUCCCGCCUUAACCCAGUAGAACAUGACCGCUUUGUAGAAAUCGCGUUAUAAGAGUAUUCUCGUUAAACCGUCUUGAACAAUUUGAAAAGUAGGACACGAACAACACAAUUCAAAAAGGUGCAACGGUACGGGGAACUUAUUAUGUACUUCACACUACAGGGUUACUGUAUACAUUAUGUAUUGUAUGUAAAUAAUUAUUAGAUUAAGAUAUAUUUAUUAAAUAAAAUUUAAG